AUGGUUCAAUUUUAUGAAUGCACGGAACGAGUAAUUUUUAUUGAAGAUGAAAAAGAACAAAGGGCAAUUGUAAUUAAGUAUCACGAAGGAAAGACAUGUCACCGAGGUAUUAAAGAGACGCUAGUUAGAAUGCGCAGAAAUUACUAUUGGGAUAAUUUACAAGAAACUGUUUCGGCAAUAAUAAAUAGUUGCAAUGCAUGUAAAAAAAUGAAAUAUGACAGAAAGCCAAUUAAACCUAAUCUUCAAUUAACCCAGACUCAAGAUACUCCGUUUCAAGAGAUAUUUAUAGACCUGUUUAACAUCAAAGGAAAACAUUAUCUGUCUCUCAUAGAUGAGUUUAGCAAAUUAGGCCAAGCGAUAGAAAUUGCAAAUAGAUCCACCCCCGAAGUGGUCCGAGCUUUAAUGAAGUACUUUUCUUUUUACGGGAUGCCAAAAAAGAUAAGUUCAGAUCCGGGCUCUGAAUUUAACAAUAAAUUAAUUAAAGAAUUCUUAAGCUUACAUAAAAUUGAGCAGCACAUUGGAACUCCAAAUAGCCCAAACUCGGUGGGGCUAAUAGAACGCUUGCACUCGACAAUCAUAGAAAUUUACAGAUUGGCAAAAUACGAAAGAAAACCUACUGAUGCGGCAUCAGUUAUGACGUAUUCCGUACUAGCAUAUAACAAUACUAUUCAUUCGGUAACAGAACUUACGCCCUUCGAGGUAGUUUUCGGAUAUACCGACACGGGUAGCCCGUUUAAUAUAGAAUUUGAUAAGCAGUAUAAGUAA